GCGCCUUCUACAGACAAGCGGAUGCGGGGUUGCAGAUAAGGAUAUAUAUUGUGGGACAGCAAUCAAGAAGUCGUCUUUCUUCGAAUUCUUGCAGUAUCUACAAUUGAAUAAGAUUCUUCUUUCGUGGGAAGAUCGCAAUAGAUCGACUGCCUACUUGAUCUAUCAUCAACGACAAAAUGUCCACCAUAACUGUGACAGAAACCCAACCCACUCGCCUCGUGACACAGAACCAACCCCAACCCAUCCCUGCAGCAGCAGACGAUGCCAAAUUCCAAGCCACUGCCCGAGGCGAUCGAAACGGGACUCUCAAGCUCCCUGGCAUCCCAACUUUUACUGAUCCCCUCGAGAAGCGCAAAUGGAUGAAAGAGCACAUGGCGGCGGCGUUUCGUUUCUUCGGGAAACAAGGGUACGGCGAGGGGAUUUCGGGACAUAUUUCCAUGAGAGACCCCGUCCUAAAAGACCACUUCUGGAUGAACCCCUACGCCAAACACUUUUCCGUCAUGAAAGCCUCCGAUCUGGUCCUGGUCGACAGCGAAGGAUAUGUUACAGAAGGUGGAGCGCAGACACCCAUCAACGAAGCCGGAUUCAUGAUUCACUCUGAGAUUCACAAGGCGCGACCGGAUGUUAUUGCCGCGGCGCAUACGCAUGGGAUUUAUGGGAAGACGUGGAGUGCGUUCGGGAAGCCGGUUGAGAUGCUUUCUCAGGAUGCAUGCAAUUUCUAUGGUAGAUUGAGUAUCUACGAUGACCAUGGAGGAAUUGCGCUGGCUCAGGAUGAAGGGGCGCAGAUUGCCAAUGCGCUUGGGGAGAAGAAUAUUGCUUGUAUUUUGCAGAAUCACGGUUUGUUAACCGUGGGCUCGACGGUCGACGAGGCAGCCUUCCUGUUUGCUAGUUUGGACCAUGCUUGCCACUCGCAGUUGAUGGCCGAUGCUGCUGCUGCUAAUGGUGUGCCUAAGAAGAUUAUCAACCAUGAGGUUGCUCAGUAUACGGCUGAUGCUGUUCAGAAUCCGCAUAACUUUUACACCGAAUUUCAGCCGGAAUUUGAGCUAGUCGUUGAGGAAAGUAAUGGACGGGUUCUUCAGUAAUUUAGUUGGUUUUUAUAGUUAUGACUAUGAUAUUGCAAUUGCCAUCUUAUGCUGCCAAUAUAGUUGAAGUGUCUGUAAAAUAGAAGUCUAUUUUCCAUGUGGUAUGCACGUGACUUCCACAUGGCAUCAACCGAGUUGAGAAGACAACUGGAUCAACA